AUGAUUGGCGACUUCUCCAGAAUUUGCACGCGAACCUCGCUUCCUCUGUGUACGCUGAUCAAUCCAUUGCAUGCCCAUAAUGCCACUUUUGUGGGGAUCAUCCCGGAUUGCUACGCGCGCACGGUAGAUAUUUCCAAUACAUUGAUAUUCCAGAUCGGAACGUCAUUUAUACACAUGUCCUCGCUCAUAGUUACCCUUAUGAUCAUAUACAACGUGCGAUUGAGAUACACCGCUGUCGGGAGAAAAGAAAUGCUCACUUUUUUCUGGAGUUUUAUAAUGUUCACGGUAUCCUGCAUCGUAGUGGACACUGGAGUAUCUCCAAGCGGAUCUUCCACAUACGCAUAUUUCGUGAGCUUCCAGAUAGCUAUGACCGGCGUUUGCUGCUGGACAUUAUUCUUCGCGGGACUGUCAAGUCUAAAUUUCUGGGACGAUGGCUCUCUGCACACUAUGGCAGCCAUGUUUGGCUCCUCUUUUGGCGUUUUCGUCCUCAAUUACGUCGUGGCGAUUCUCACUUUUAAUAAAUGGACCAGCAUUAUCAACACUGCCGAAACUAUCCCUCUAUUCGUGCUCUACUUCAUAUUCAAUGGACUAUUGCUUUUCAUGUACCUGCUGUGCCAGUUCUUCAUAUGCUUCGUCACUCUUGUACUCAACUGGUGGGCCAUCGAAGCACUUUGCCUCUCUGUAUUCUUUUUCGUCGCUGCUGAGUGUCUCCUGUACGUCUUCAGCUAUGACAUCUGCACAUCGUUGAGCCACUACGCGGAUGGGCUCGUUUUUAGCACUCUCAGUAACCUGUUUGCAAUCAUGAUGGUCUAUAAGUAUUGGGACAUUAUCACUUUUGACGACGACGAAUACAUCAGGUAUACUGAAGUUGUGCCGGGUGUGGGAUACAAAGAAGACGCCCAGGCUCUGCUGAAUUAG